UAUUAAAAAGGAAAGGAAUUAAGCUUGAUUAGAUAUAAACCAUUAGACUUCCUGUAGAGUAGCUCAUAUUUUGCCUAAUCCCAUCCAAUCAAUAUAGCAAGGACUCCAAACAAAAUAAAUCAAGUGAAAAUUGAAAAAAAAAUUAAUCAUAUUGAUACCUUUACAAGAUAAAGAUGUUCAGCAUUGAUUCAUAAAGGGAAUGCAAAUCUUUGAAAGAAAAAAAAUCCCGGUACUAUAUCAAUCAGAUAGCUACAGCUCAGCUAAACCUCAUAAAUAUCGGAAGGAGAGGUGGGAAUUUAAUGUGUUUUCUUGAAUAAUCCAGAAGAUCCGAAAACAAGUCUCUCUCUCUCUCUCUUGCUCUCCAAGAUUCCUGCGAUACCAUCAAGGAUUGGUUUUUUCAGCGUGUAGAAGCAGAAAGAAGGAAGGAGAAUCAAGCUGGGCUUCCCAGUAAGCGAAGAGGAAGCAAUGUGGGCUCAUUAACAACGAGUCUAUUACCGACGUCGAGGGCUCGUCUAGUGACGCGUGACAGUAUUUAUUAUUACAGGUUAAGUAAUGCGAAGACUUGUUUGUGCGAGGACACUGCAACUGAUAACUUUCUUUGGACGUGGGUUAAUACAGAUGCUUCGUCGAUCAGGUACUUGUCUUCUGUCGUAAGUGCUAAUUAAAAAAUCUACGUAUCAAGUUUUAGUGACUCAUUGUUUUGACAUUUUUUUUCGCUUUUACCUUGGAGUAUUUAAUGGACAUCUUGGACUGAAAUGAUGAUAAUAAUGGCAUCCCUUUAGAUUUUAAUUCCUUCAUUCUGCCUAAAACAAGGAGGAGAGGAUAUUGGAAAAAUAGUUUACCUCGGUGUUAAUGUAUCGAAGUGGGAAUGGCUGAUCUAGCUAGAAGUCAAUGAAGGAAACUGUAUAAAGUGUUUUUCUGCAAACUGCUGCCAACAUUAAGCUCAAGGAAUCAUUGGACACUUAAUAUUGGAAAUACAAUGCAGCCGGCUGAUUAUUGAAGCAAAUGUUUAUCAAACUCUCUUCAAAACAAAUAUUGGAAACAAGGAGCUUUGGAACAUCUCUCCUGCUGUUUUUUUGGAUUUUAUUAUAAUGGAGGCCUGACUGUGAAUUGUGACACUGGUACAUAUUGACAUUUCUGCUUUCUCAUUAUCAUGCACAAUCUGCUUGUAUUGUUCUGGUACCCAGAGGGCAUUUGUGAGUGGAAUUGAGUUAUAGCCGCCCUUUUUGUUAUGUAGCAUGGACCAUUGAUUAAAAUCCAAUACCGACAGCCAGAACUCGAUCCCGGACAAUUUGAAGAUAAUUCUGCCUGUUACAGACAGCUGCGGUCUAGUACUUUCAUUAAUAUAGACCUUAGGUAGCCGUGUAUAGUUGUAGCUCUACAUGCAACUGACAUGUAUUUCACCCUCCCUGUUAUGUGAGAAGUCAGGAAGUUGUGUAUAGCAAGUUCUGGUAGCCACUAUCAACUCUCAGGAGAGUGCCGUUUUCAAUGACUGCUGAUGAAUGAUGGGAUAUUGCUCUUUAUGAAUUUUUGAUGAGAAGGUUUUAGACACCUUGUGUUUUUUUAGUCUAUUUGUUGGAAAUUACUUUGGUCUUGUUUUACUGCGGGUCCCGGAUUAUUUAACGUUUCUAUUUGUGUGUACGUAAAAAUCUUUUUUUUUAAAGUCGAAAGCGGACUUGAUAGCGAUGAUUGAAUUUUAGCUGUGAUGGAAGAUUUAUUAAAUUUCCCUGGCAUAUUGGAAGUUCAUUAAGUCUAUAAUACAAGUGUGCGCAGUAGGAGUCCGUGGUUUUGUCAGGUGCUCUAAUGGUCGUAUGAAAUAUUAAUCUGACAUUUCAUAUUUCAAAAUAACUUAGGCUAAUAUACUGAAAUGAGAGUCUUGUGGAGAUGACCUGUUUUCUUAUAAACAGAAACAAAGAGAAGAUGCCCUGUCUCACACAUGAUUGGACGCUUCCCAAUAGAAUGACACUUGCCUGGUGACUUCAGCAGCGAGCAAUAUUUGAUCAGUUAUUUCAUGUGCACAUUCGACAGUAUACAUGUGUUUUCAAUUUUUGAUUAGUCUCCAUAUAAGAUGAAAGGAAUUUAUGUGAAAUCAAAUUUUACAAUGUGUUUUAUGGGAAUUAUUGUGACCUUAUAUUUCAAUGUGGCACAAGGGCAGGUUCAUUACCCCCAAGGGCAACAGUAUCCACCCCCUGGGGGUCAGUACUCCACAGGAGGGUUCUUACCACCAAUGGGACCCAUGGAGCCAUUUCCUCUUGAAAGCAUGGAGAAUUUUACAGAGGCAUUUGGAGAAGAAAUCAAAAUGCUGACCUACAAUCUUACUGCUUAUAGGAGUUAUAACGAAGAGGCCCACAGGCAGCUGACAACAGCUAAGGUGUUUGACCCCCAGGACCUGGUGGACAAAAUGGCCCGUGAGAUAGAGGAACUUCUGAAGACCAAGGUCAAAGCUGUUGAGAAAUUGGUAAAAGCAGCAGAAAAUGCCAGGAAAGACCAUGAGUAUAGGAAAAACUUGCAGCUGGAAUAUGUGAACAAUAAGAAAGUAAUAAGUCAGGAAGACAUGGAGAUGAUGGGACUCAACUCAUCGUCGGUCUUCGAUAUCUACUACAUGAUCAACUUGACGCAGGACACCCUGUUCAACGACGUCCAGAUCAACCCGAACUACAGCACCAUACACGUGCCAACCAAUGUCUACGAUCAAGCCCCAGUCAUCCUGAAUGGGAUUCAGUGGUCUAAGAAGCUAGAUCCGAUAUUCAAACAGAACAGGAAGGAGACGUCCGACCUCCGCUGGCAGUACUACUGCAGUGCCGACGGAUUCCUCCGGAUUUAUCCAGGUGUGAAAUGGCCGAAGAACAACGUAGAAGAGAGUGUGGACAUGUACGACUGCAGAGUCAGAAGCUGGUACAUUAAGGCAGCCAGUUCUCCCAAGAACAUGGUGAUACUGGUGGACACCAGCGGAAGCAUGAAAGGUCGUCGACGGAUUAUCACCGUCAAAACCAUUCAGAAACUGCUAGAGACACUCAGUGACGAUGACCACUUCAAUAUCAUAACGUAUUCUGACAAACCCCGUUACCUGGACAACUGUUUUAGUGGGACACUCAUGCAGGCGAACAUACAGAACAAGCAGCGAGCUGUCAAGCUGUUCAAGAAGCUCGAGAUGAAAGACACAGGGGAGCUGAACCUGGCACUGGAAGAGGCAUUUAAGUUGUUCAAGUCAGAGAAGAAAAAAGGACAAGAACAAUGCAACAAGGCCAUAAUGGUGAUCACAGACGGACCGUCAGAAACAUAUAAAGAAAUCUUUGAAACACACAACUGGCCAAAUAAAACGGUGAGGCUGUUUUCUUUUCUGGUUGGUCGGGAAGUAAAGGAGAAUAGGUACGCCAAAUGGAUGGCCUGUGCCAACAAAGGAUAUUACACUCACAUCUCAACACUGGCAGAUGUACAAGAAAGUGUUCAGUAUUAUCUUCGAGUGUUGAGUCGUCCAAUGGGGAUGGCCCACAGAGAAGGCGGUCUUUCUAGAACCCCUAAAUGGACACCGGUGUACACAGAUUAUACUACGGAGGUUACACAGAACCUCAGGGAGGGAGUGGGCCUGGUUAUUUCUGUGUCCAUGCCAGUGUUUGACACCAGUAAUUCAUCGGCUACUGGUGGGCGAUUAUUGGGGGUGAUGGGGACAGACAUACCAAUCCAAGAAAUCACCAAUCUGGUGCCCAAAGGCAAGCUUGGGGCCAACGCCUACACCUUUAUGUACACUCACCACGGAUAUGUACUGUUUCAUCCCAACAUGAAGCCCAUGUACCAUAAGAUAAAAGGAAGCACGUCAGCUGAGAAGGAGUUCCGUCCCUUUUUUAACACCAUUGACAUCACAGAGAUGGAGUACGCUGUAGAUCACGAAGAAUUACAUGAGUUUAGACAAAAAUUACUAAGUGCCUCAAAUCGAGGGAAAAUCAAGCUCAAAGUGAAAGUGCCUUAUGACCGAUCAGUGCCUUAUGACAGAAUGAAUCGAGUAGAAGUGGUCACCCACUCGUACUACACUGCUUCCAUCACAGGAACACCUUAUAAAAUUGCCAUUGCUUUGCCAUCAUACAGUUCCAGGAGAUCCAAGCUCACUCUCAUGGUGAAGAAGUUUGACAGGGUCUGUGUAAAUGUCCAGAACAAACAGAGGCAAUAUGAGUUCGCUCCAUGGCGUUACUGUGGGAACAAUGAUAUUUUGCACGCCACUGGCUUUGACAGAAAAUUGAAGAUACUUGAUUUAUAUAAAUGUGUCAAUGGGAAAGGAAAUUGCUCAGAUCUGGACAGUCUUUUGUACAGCGACCUGUUAGUCCACCAUCAGAUGAUUAUAAGAGGCACAAUAGGCAGCCAUGAGGACUACCGAUUCAGCAUAGCCAAUAAAUUGCAGACAGCAGGGAGUGAAUACUCAUUUGAGCCUGAAUACAAAAAGUUUUAUGAAAGGAAGGGGAUUGAGCUUUUGUUUAUUGCAACCAGAGGGGGCUUGACAGAUUUUGUUGCACCGAAAGAAAAUAUGAUCAGUCCAUACUGGAUGGGAAACAUGACUGCUACCAUUGAGGAGCUCUAUUAUAGACAGGCCAUCAUGAACAAAGAGGAGAAGAAGAUAGACUACACAUUCUCUAUUCCUCUCAACAAAGAGUACAUGGAGGGAAACAACAUGACCAUUUUGUCCACUAUUCCCGUGUACGUGAACCGUUCUAACAUCGCUGUCGCCGGAAUGAUGCAGAACUUCAGUUCUUUCACUGACAUCUUUAAGAAGUAUCUCUUCUUCAACAAAUGCAGGGGUUCUGGUUGUUUCACAUGUGAAAUAUAUGGGUGCCAUCUUCUGGAUGCCAAUGGAUACAUUGUCUACGGCAUGGAAGGGGUAUCCAAGUUCCUGGGGGACACGGAUGAUUUAGGACUGAUGGCCAUGUUGAUCAAGGAAGGCGUGUUCAUCAGAGAGACGUACACAGAUUAUCAGUCAGAGUGCAAGGAGACAUAUGAAGAGGAGACAGAGGAAGAGGGAGCCAGCUCUGCUUCAUUCCUCUUCAGUCCUUUGAAGAGACUGUUUGACAUUCUGCUGUGGUCUGCUGUGGAAUUUCUCAUAACUUUGGCAAAUGUUGGAUUAAGUGGAUGGUUUUACUCAGAGAAAGCAACAGCGGCACCUGUGAAUGACAACCCAUGUGUGUUUCAAGGUCUAAACAUAACUAUUGAAAACAUGCAAGAGCAAUACCAAACCUUUGCAAGAGCCAUUUAUUGUAACAAGGAACCAGAGAAUAUACACCUUGUGCCUUGUCACAUGACAAAGAGAGCUUAUCAUGCCAACUUCACGGUGUUCAGGAAGCACAGAGGUUCUGUAGAGGGCAUGGCCAAAGGAUGUGUUCCAUUCAACUGUACCAAGAGUUUUGCUGCAGUCUGGAUCAGAGAUACUAACCUGAUUCUGGUGUCGUCCGACCGGAACUGCAACUGCUCAGGCGUGGUUGAUGAGGUAGCCACAAUGAAUAGCGAUCCUAUUGUUUAUAUCCUUUCUUUUUUCAGAAGCAGGCAAAAUAAUAAAAAAAAAAUGAAUAUUAUGAACUUUAUAGUCAAUUAUUUAUGAAAGUAACUGGCGCUUUUUAAAGUGAGAGGAGAUCGGAAAGAAAAAGUUUUUUGGACAAGUAAUUAAGGUCUAAUUGUUCACUUGUCCCCAAUGAAUGCAGGAGAAGUAUAAAAAGAACAUGCAAAAACGUAGUCCAAUAAAAAUCAACCUUGUUAAGGUUCGCAUCUAUUACAGAAUUUCUAU